ACUUAAAUAGUGCGAUCCCUCUCUAGUAUUUGGCACAUGGAUGGAUGUCCUCGGUGCAAUUGAUAUCAUAUCUAUCAUGUUAGUCUAUAUUUAAUAUAUUAUCUUUUGAAAAGUGUCUGGAGAGUGCGAUCUCUUUCUAAUUUUUUACAUGCCUCAUAUAUUCUGUUGGUCUAUCCGUUUUUCUGUGUUUGUUUUUUUUUUGGCGGAGGAAGUGUACUAGUUCAGUCCAGAAAUUCUUCCAGUUCCAUAGAAUCCGAGUCCACAUCAUCUCUCAGAAAUGAAGCGCAGGGUGUUGAUGCUGUGCGGGGACUACAUGGAAGAUCAGGAGGCCAUGGUCCCUUUUCAAGCGUUGCAGGCCUUUGGAGUUGCCGUCGAUGCCGUCUGUCCCGGAAAGAAAUCCGGCGACAUCUGCCGCACCGCCGUUCAUCAACUCUCUCCUUCUCACCAGGUCCACGAAACAGGAAUUUACAACCACAGUACAUUUACUGCAUUCUCACAGACAUAUUCGGAAUCACGUGGUCAUAAUUUUACACUCAAUGCAACAUUCGAUGACGUUGAAGCUGACAAUUAUGAUGGAUUAAUAAUCCCAGGAGGGCGGGCUCCUGAAUAUCUUGCUAUUGAUGCAUCAGUUGUAGAUUUGGUGAAAAAGUUUACAGACUCCACAAAGGCAAUUGCAGCGAUUUGCCAUGGGCAAUUGGUCCUAGCAGCUGCUGGCUCGGUUAAAGGUCGGAGGUGCACAGCAUAUCCUCCUGUGGGACCUGUACUUGUUGCUGCAGGUGCUCACUGGGUGGAACCAGAGACCAUGGCUGCGUGUGUUGUUGAUGGUAACAUAAUAACAGGGGCUACAUAUGAAGGCCAUCCCGAGUUUAUUAGGGCUUUUGUGAAGGCACUAGGAGGCAACAUAACUGGUCCAAAUAGAAGAGUUCUGUUUCUCUGUGGAGACUUCAUGGAAGAUUAUGAGGUAGCUGUGCCUUUUCAGUCGCUUCAAGCUCUAGGGUGCCAUGUUGAUGGAGCAUGCCCCAAGAAGAAAGCUGGUGAUAUGUGCGCAACUGCUGUCCAUGAUUUUGAAGGUGAUCAAACCUACAGUGAGAAGCCAGGACAUAAUUUCACUUUAACAGCUGAUUUUGAAGGUUUAGAUGCCUCCAGUUAUGAUGCUCUUGUAAUCCCUGGCGGUCGGGCUCCAGAAUAUUUGGCACUAGAUAAGAAUGUUAUUGAACUAGUGAAACAAAUUAUGGAAGCCAAGAAACCAGUUGCAUCGAUCUGCCAUGGGCAACAGAUUCUAGCUGCUGCUGGCGUUCUACAGGGUAGGAAUUGCACUGCAUACCCUGCGGUGAAGCUUAAUGUGAUUUUGUCAGGAGCAACAUGGCUUGAACCCAAUCCAAUACAUCGUUGCUUCACUGAUGGGAAUUUGGUGACUGGAGCGGCUUGGCCAGGCCACCCGGAGUUCAUCUCUCAAUUGAUGGCAUUGCUGGAUGUUGGAGUAUCAUUUUAGUUGCUAUUACCAGGUUCAUCAUUUACGUGUAAAAUAUACCUUUACUACAGUAAUCCAUCAAAGAGUAAUAAGUUGAUAACAUGUAUGAGACCAUGGGAAGUUGAUACUGCGGUUGUAAUAUAUACAUGACAUGUACCAUGCACCUUUGCUUGGGGAAUGGAGACUCACCAUGUUUUUAAGUUAUUUCAAAUAAAUUGAUGGAACUUUUGAUUAAUCA